AGUCUCGGUGCGAGUUGUAAACUUACCACAAACCCUUCAUUGUACUCCAGAAAACGAAAGAGAGAAAAACACUUGAGAAAAAUCUCUUCAUCAUCGGAUCCCUUGAGACACAUAUUUUCGGUCCAGCCCACAGCAUUCGUGAAGACACAGAGAUAUUUUGGGGGCGAAAUAUUCAAUUAGUCAGUCAUUUGCGGUCGAAGGAUUAACACGCGGACCAGAGAAAAACGUCCGUUGUGUGAAAAACUGUGAUUUUGUGAAAUUUUCAGAAGGAAAAAUUUCUCAAAGGAUUAAAAGGAUUUUAGUGUGUGGAAAAUGGGUAGUUUUGAUUCAGCACCUGAUGUGUGUCAGAGAUUGUGUGGUAGUCAAGGAUCUCUCGUGGAUCCUUUUUAUGAAAAUAAUGGUGGAGGAUUUUAUACAUCAAUGUAUCCUGCGGAUUCUCAGCAAAAUGAAUUGAAUGGUGGUCAUUUGAUUGGGGAGGAAAAUAGCUACUGGGGCUCACCGUGUAGCUCCAAUUCACCCCUUAGUCGACGAGAUUGCUCUCCAAGUAGUGGAACCGGAAGUAGUAUGCGACAGAGGAAUAUGUCACCAACCUACCAUCACUAUCCACCCCACGUCUAUUACCCCCACGCUCCACAAUAUGAAAAACUAGGUCCCAUGUGUGACGAGGGUGGCUACUUUAAUACAACGACUACCGAAGUAAUCACAUCCACACCUUUCGUUCGAGUAGUCAAGCGUCGAAAUACGGCAAAUAAAAAGGAGCGCCGCCGGACGCAGAGCAUAAAUUCGGCAUUCUCAUAUUUGCGCGAACGGAUUCCCAACGUUCCAUCGGACACCAAACUGUCCAAGAUUAAAACACUGAGACUUGCAACAUCCUACAUAACAUAUUUAACACAAGUACUGGAAGGAAAUCAGGAUCCGGCGGGAGGAUUUCGUGCUGAAUUAACAUCAUCCCGAAAAAUAAAUGCAGAAAGGAGAGCUAAUAUGAAAAAUGAAGCACAGAUUAUCUUGACAAAUUCCGACAUUUCCGUUGGGGGGGAUCCCAAGAAGACAAAAGGACGCACAGGCUGGCCCCAAGAUGUUUGGAAUCAAGCAGUGUGGAAGGAGGAAAAACCAUGAUAAGAAAAAAAAACAUUCUUUUCCCAAAGAAAUUCUUUUAUUAUAAAUAAAUUGAUUAUUCAAAAUUAUCAUAUUAAAUUAAAAGGCUAAAUAAUGAAA